AAAAAAAGGAAAAAACAGAUAAUACAAAAUGAGUGGCAUGGAUAAAAGAAAAUUAUCGACAUCGGGUGAUUCCCUAUAUGAAAUAUUAGGACUUCCUAAAACAGCAACAGCUGAAGAUAUUAAAAAGACUUAUAGAAAACUUGCUUUAAAAUACCAUCCAGAUAAAAAUCCAGACAAUGUUGAUGCUGCCGAAAAGUUCAAGGAAGUCAAUCGUGCACACUCGAUAUUAAGUGAUCAAACAAAACGUAAUAUUUAUGAUAAUUAUGGUUCAUUAGGUCUAUAUAUUGCUGAACAAUUUGGUGAAGAAAAUGUCAAUGCAUACUUUGUGGUAACCUCGCCAGCAGUUAAGGCAUUGGUUAUUUGUUGUACACUAAUAACAGGCUGUUGUUGCUGUUGCUGCUGUUGUUGUUGCUGCAACUUCUGUUGUGGCAAAUUUAAGCCACCCGCAAAUGAAUCACACGAUCAAUAUGCCCAUCUAAAUGAGGAGGUGGAUUUGGAUGAACCACAAAUGGGCGGCGGUGGCGGUGCCAACAGCACCACAUCAACUGGUCUAGGUGGUGGUCAGCAGCCUGUAUUUGCCAUGCCCCCACCACCGGCUACCGGAGUUAAUCCCUUCACAGGUGCACCCGUGGCAGCCAAUGAGCAAACAUCGUUGAAUACCACAGAACAGACAACAUAUACACCAGAUAUGGUAAACCAAAAAUAUUAAACAAAAAAGAAAAAAUAUAUAU